UAGUGUGUAUGACGUCGUAAUCGUAGUGUUACUAUAUGCUAUCGUUAUACCACUAAUGCAAUGGCAACUGUUAAAGUUCAUUUUCAAAAACAGGGGUAUUGCGAAAGAGCUCUAAGCUGUCAGGCAUUUGUAAAUUUUAAUGUGAUGUUGAGUUUUAAUUUUGUUAUAGCGUUUCUUUUUCAUGUUCUUCAGUGUAUUUGUACAUAGUCUAUAUGGAGUGUUUAAAUUUCAAAAAAGGAAACGAGAGCAUAAAUUAGGUUAUAUUAUUUAUAUAUAUAUCGUAUAUCAUGAGCAAUAAGUACAGUACAGGGUAAUACUAAUAAUUAACCUGAGUGUGCGACUAAUAUAGCAUUUGUUUUAUAGCUGAUUGUAUUAUUCUGACAUUUUUUUGGACUACUGAAAUUUCAUUAGCAAAUGUUUAGGACCCAUUUGUAUUUAUUAUGAAAAAAUUAGCUUUGGGUUACAUGUCACCAAAUUGAAAGAUGUCUGACAGAAAGGUGUAUUAGCAUUUCUUUUUAAGUAAGAACUGGGUUUAUGAAUUUGCAAAUUUACCAACUAAUUUUUAACAGCAGAAUUAAUUAUUUGCACAUUUCUCUAGGUGAUAAAUAUUUUGAAGUUUUCAAUGGAUAUUUCAUUCGAAGAAGCUCACUUCUCUGAAUUACCAUCUCAGGGUAAUAUAUAUGGGCUUUCUUCCCUAACUGUGGGAACAACAAACAAGGUUCUGGUUGCUUCUCUUCGAAGAAAAGUUUUUUGUGUGGAUUAUGCACAAAGUCGUAUUCCUUCUACUAGAGAAAUAAAUUUUACAUACAUUCCAGCUGGAGCAGAAAUAAUCUCUGUUGAUGCUUUUAACAAGUCAUUAGAAAAUCAUGACUUUGUUAUUGGAAUCACUUUCAUAAAGAGUUCUGAAAGUCAGUCAAGUCAGUAUCUGAACAUUUAUUCGGACUGGGAACCAGGGAGAUUAUUUGAUCUGGACAUCAUUGCUCAGGGGUGCCAGAGUCUAGAACUUGAUUUUAUUCCUUACCAGUUAACACAUGCACAACUACACACCAGUGAAGGAACAGAAAUUGUAUGUCUUCUCAGUGGGAGUGAUUGCAAGGUCCAUUUGUAUAGAGAGGAUCACUCCCAGCAGUGUUUUUUUGAACAGACCACAACAGACUUCUUCCCGGAGUUUGAUGAUUUACCCAGCAUAGUUCAUGCAAUCAAUACCUGUUAUAUUGAAGAGAACAAAAAGAGGCUGACAGCUGUUGGUUGUGAGGACGGCUAUAUACGAAUGUGCAUUGUUAAUGUGAAUAGCAAUGGCCCAGAAGUUUUAUCAAUGAUGUGUGCUCAGCAUGACAGUCCGAUAUCACAGGUCAAACUUUUUACUGAGAAAAAUUUUUGUGUUCCUCCAUCUUUUAUCACAGAUGAUAUGCUGAAGAAACUGAGAGGUGAUAAAGAAACUACAUUCCAGUUACCAGAAAUUCAUCUUCUGGUUAUAAGUACUCUAGAACCAUCAGUUGUUUACUGGAAUGCUUAUGAGAAUGAUCUUACUCAACAGUUAAUUCUACCAGAGAGCGAUUAUUAUGACUGUGUGACAUGUGGGAUUGUAGCUGACAUUAAUAUGGAUGGAAAAAAUGAAAUACUACUUGGAACUUAUGGACAGGAAUUACUCGUUUACAAGUUGGAGAAAAAAGACAACGGCCCAGGAUGCUAUAAGCUUAUUUUUCAUAGAUCAUUUUCUCAUCCUCUUUUGUCCUUGGCUUACUUGGACAUCAUAGGAGAUGGUGUAAAGGAAUUGCUAGCCUUUUCAACAAAAGGACUACACAUUCUUCAGCACGAUCUUAAGAAAGUUUCUCAGCUGUGUCAACAACGAUUACAGAAACUGGCAGCACUACAUCAGUGUAGUUAGAGGUGGCCCACUAUGUUGUAACUUCUCAGACACCAUCUUCAUUUGUUUGUGUGUGUGUAUAUAUAUUAAUAUGUAUAUAUAUAUAUUUCUUUUUAAGUAUCAUGUAAAAUCCAUGAUAUUUUCUCAAUAUAGCAAAAUCAUGCACCUUUAGUUUUGUGGGCAUGGGAAAUGUUUUUUUCUUUUUUUGUAAUUUGUAACCUUUUCUCCACUCAAACUUAGGUGGGCCUAGUGUUAAGGGUAGGUCGCAACAUCCAGCCCUUAGUUUAGGACAUAUCUAAAGUAAAAUUUUAUUUAGUAAUAUUUCAGACAAACACUAUAUGUUUGACUUGACUUUCUUAUGCUACCUAAGACUUUCAAGAUCUAAUUACCAGUCCCUUUCUGUUGGAUUAGAACUAACAAUAAGAAAUAUAAGUAAUCCUUCUUCAAAAUAAUAGAGAAUGUAAUAUUUAUAUAGUUUAUAAUAUAUACAUAUAUAUAUUUAAAGCAGGUUAAAUUUCAUUAGUGUGGAAUUGCUGUUGUUUGUAUUAUGGUACUAAGCAGAAAAAGCUGCUUUUACCAAGUUAUUAAUAACAAUUUAAAAAGCAAUAAUAAAAGUUAGGCUACUUCAUAUGUUUGGAGCUGCAACAGUUACAUGGCAAUUUUUGUUUAUUAGUGUUAACAAAAUCUCUCAGAAAAGCUAAACUCUAUGUUAUGUUUGAAGCUGCCUAAAUAACAGAAGAAGAGCUUACUUAUUUUAAUUAUAAAAACAGCUUAAGGCAUACUGGUUGACACUAAUUAGUCCUUAAAUAACAAGCAAACUUUAUAGUCUGUGAUAAAAUAACAGUGAGCUUUAAAUGUAAAACUUAGAAACAGAUAAACAUCAAAAGAGUAGGAAACCUUUUACAGUUGUAAGUAAUUACACUGAAUAAAACACAUGGUUUACUAAUACCAGUAAUGGAA